CUGACCAGUUUGAACUUGAAUACACUGUCAUAAACAGAGAUGUAAGAUACUACUAUUACUCUUAAAUAUAUCUAUAUUUUUGUCAGUUGUUAGCCUAGUAACAUUAAAUUAAAGCUGUGGUUUACAGUUAAGGAACUUAGAACGAGAAAACGAGACAAACAGCACAGAUACUCACCACCGGUGCAAUGGAAUAUCUCUCUAGAUAUUUGAGCACCAACAAGGCAACAUCUCUGAUAUGUUGUGUGUUCUGGAUUUUCUCACCGGCAGAAGGGGACAUCAUCUCAGAGGUGGCUGGCAGCAGUGUGAGCAUGCACUGUAACAACAAUUCAAUCAACACACUCCAACAGCUGACAUGGAGACUAAAUGGAGUUACUCUGAUCAGCUUUAAACCACCAACUGAAACAUACGUCAAUGAAAAAGCUAACAGCCUUAACAUAAACAUGUCUAAGUCAGAGAGCCAACUGUACGCACUGAUCAUAGAGAGUCUCCAGGAGUCUCAUAUAGGAAACUACACCUGCGACACAGCUACGGAAACUGGAACAUGGAAACAGACCUGGGAGCUGAUUGUAAUUACAGAGCACAAAGAGACUGAAAACUGGAAUAAGCUGAUGAUUAUUGUGUCAGUUAUUGUUCCUUGCACAUGUUGCCUGAUCUUUAUAUUUGCUUUGACCAUUCUGCGAAGAGUUUACAAUCGGCGUGCGAGAAACAGCAGUCAGGCUCCCACUGCAGAAAUGGAGGAAACAGAGGAUAUUUAUGAGAAUUGCCUGGAAACUAAUCGUAGUCGACAGCACAGACAUUGUCAGCCUCAUCACUACAAGCCCAGAGCUUUUUGAUAUUACGUGCAAUCCAGAAAUCCAGAAAGGGAAGGAGACUGCAAAAAGGACGGGGGGGGCUGGAGGUACAUGGCAAAUGAGCACUGCAACUACAACCAAAGAAAACCUUACUUAUAUUAUGAAAACUUUUAAUCUCUGCUUUCUUAAGACAUAUACUAUAUGUAAUGAAGAGCAUAAUCAUUGCUUAAAAGCUGCAUCACCUAAUAAAGUUGUUAUGGUAAAUGUGUUAGCAGUUUCCUAUUCAAACAUUUUUUACUGAGCUGAGAUGACCUGUAGAAUCAGGUGAUAGUUCCCUGUGGAUUUUUUUAAAUAAAACUCUUUGGAAUGUGGAA